AUGCCUUCACGUUCGCAUUCACGUCCAAAGAAAACCAGUUCAAAAUCUGCUAAGAAACAAAUGAAGCAUACCAAAGAAUCCAUCCACCAGUCUCCACCUAUCCUUCAACUCCAUGUCCAAGGAGGAGAAGAAGAAGAGAGAAGGAAAGUUUCUGCAGAUCUUAACCAAAUGGCGGAUUCUUCAAACGGGAAUUUAGAGCAGACCCUGAAAGUUCAACCAGAUGAUGAAGUUAAGGUGGUUGAAUCUGUGACGGACAUAGCUAUUGAUGAUUAUUCAGCGGCUGGAAAGAAAACCCAUGACGGUGAUGAUUUGAGUUCGAGUAGUAGCAGUUCGGAUGAAGAGACAGAAGCUGGUGAGAAGAGUGCUAAAGUGGCGGAUUCAGGGGAAGUGGAGGAGACGAAAGAAGUUUCCGUAGUGGUUGUUGAGACUGUUGAAUCUCUGUCCAACCAUUUGGAUCAAGGUGGUGUUGAUGAUUUGGAAGCUGUGAAGGAAGAAGAGGAGAAAGUUUUGGCAUCUGCCAAUGGGACGGAUGAAUCUUCUGCGGCCAUGACAGAUUUGGUGUCAGAGCAGAUUGAGGAAAAAACAUUGACAUAUGUGGAUGAGAGCAAUGGGGUUUCUCUAGCUGAAACAGAUUUGGUGUCCAAGGAGGUUGAGGAACCAGCAUUGCCUUCUUUGAGUGAGCAUGAUGAGCCUGCUCCAGUCAUAACAGAUGUUGAAGAAAAGAGUGAGGUUGUAGAUGUGGUGUCAAAGGGAAUUGAAGAGACAAUUGGAGAGUCAUCUUACAAGGCAUCUAGUGAGAAUGUGGUUGGUGGAUCCUCGAAGCCGUCGCCUGAUCAGGUUCCUCCUCCAGUUGAAUCAGCUGAUGCUGGAGAAGAGUAUGGGAAGCCUGAGAUUCCUGAAAGCACCGGAAAUCCGUCUAUUGUAUCUGUCACUGGACGCCCCCUGCAACCAACUUCAUGGAAGAGUUGCUGUGGACUUUUCCAAUGUAUGAUAAAAGGUCGUUUUAAUCGAUCUGAGUGGGAAGAACAAGAUAUACUAAAUGUGCUCUUCAUGAACAACCCUAAACUCACGGAAGACUCCUAA